ACUGACAGUAUGGCGGCCGAGUUUUGCUGGGAGGAUGCUGCUGUCGCCUGUGAUGACUGUUCUGCCAUCAGAAUGUGAACGGAAUAAGGUCUCUAAAGGGAAAGGAAACCGCUCUAAAGGCCUGUCGCCGUGAUCUAAAGGAUGGCCAGGCUCGCCGAUUACUUUCUUGUGGUCGGAUAUGAUCUCGAAAAGAGAGGGGGUGGUGAGGGUCAAGGCCGGAUUCUCCAGCGUUUCCCAGAGAAGGACUGGGAGGAUAACCCCUUCCCCCAAGGCAUUGAGCUGUUUUGUCAGCCCAGUGGUUGGCAGUUGGUUGCCGAGCGACAGCCGCCCUCCUUCUUCGUGGCUGUGUGCUGUGACGGCAUCAACUCGGACACACACUACUGCGCCUGCUUCACCUUCUGGGAGGCCGUAGACAACCCACAGCUGCGGAAGGAGGAGGCUAGCGAGGUGGACGAGGAUGAGGGUCCUGGGGAGCCCCUGCCUGCACAACUCUACGGGCCCAAGAGCGUGGUGGUGGUGUCACGGCUUGACCACACCGAGGUGUUCAGGAACUGUCUGGGGUUGAUCUACACCGUUCACGUGGACAGCCUUAAUGUUCCCUUGGAAACGGUCAUCGGAAACCUCCUCACCUGCACCAUUCCCAUCGCCGGGGGCUCUCAGACGGAUGAGGAGUCAGUCUGUAGUUUAAACUUGGUUCCUCUGAACCUAACCUGUGACUGGCUACUGGGCUGUUUCCAGCCGGAAGAGGAGGAGAGUGAGGACAGCUCGAGGACCAUAACCUUGGGGGCGGGAGACAGACAGGUUAUCCAAACGCCAAUCAACGAUUCCCUGCCUGUGAGUGGCUGCAGCGUGUCCCAGCUCUUCCGACAGCUCGGCAUAGUGAAUGUGCUGUAUUUGUUCUGCGCUGCUUUGACGGAGCACAAGAUCCUGUUCCUGUCGAGCAGCUACCAGCGCCUCACCGACGCCUGCAGAGCCCUCCUCGCCAUCAUGUUCCCCCUCAAAUACAGUUUUACAUAUGUGCCCAUUCUUCCUGGGAAGCUGCUGGAGGUUCUCAGUACUCCCACCCCUUUCAUCAUCGGCGUCAACUCAUUCUUUCGCUCCGAGACGCAAGAGCUGUUAGAUGUCAUCAUCGCCGAUCUGGACGGUGGGACUGUGACCAUUCCGGAGUGUGUGCACAUCUCCCUGCUGCCCGAGCCACUGCUGCAGCACACACAGACGGUCCUCUCCAUGGUCCUGGAUCCUCAGAGGCAGACCAUGCCUUUCCCCUUCCUCAAUACAGCCCUCCACGAAAGAUCCAGGUGUGUGCUGCCUCGCGGCGCAAGCGCAGGUGUGUGCGCAGGCGCGGUGUGCGGUAAAAAGCGCGGUGCGCAGGGCAGAAAGUGGCAGGUGCUGCAGGAUAAGGAGAUCCGGGCUGUGUUUCUGUGGCUCUUUGCUCAGCUGUUCCAGGGUUACCGCUGGUGUCUUCACAUCAUCCGCAUUCAUCCUGAGCCAAGUUAUAAUUCCAUCUCUCCUCUCUCUCCGUCCUGUGUUUUGUGUGGUCAUCCUCUUCUGACACGUCUGUCUCCAUGGCAGCUGGUAGCCAAUGAGGUGACGCGGAUUCGUCAGGAAGAGACCAUGCCACGCAAAGUGCUGAGCCACGCCAGGGAGCUCGCCCAACAGCUGUUUAGAAACGAGAACCUGCAUCCCUGCUGUGCCAUGCACAAACCCGGGCCUAAUUUUGACGAAGUCUCGGGCCCUUCAAUGUUACUUUGCUGCUUCCCCCAUCUGGACGAGGUGACCGUGCAGCUGUUCAUCGACCACGCCAACGCCAAGCUCAAGAGCGCCCCGCCUGUCGUCCGGCCUGAACUCAAGGCCAUGGUGCCCUCCGGUCCACCACUGGUGGACUUUGUGGACCGCAAUGGGAAUGUGCUGGCCAAUAGUGCGCGCCGGUUAGAGGUCGUACGGAACUGCAUCAACUACAUCUUUGACAACAAGAUGCUGGAAGCUAAGAAGCUGAUGCCAGCGGUGUUGCGUGCGCUGAAGGGUCGAGCAGCACGCGUGUGUCUCACGCAGGAGCUCAAUCAGCACGUCCUGCAGAACCGAGCCGUGCUGGAUGACCAGCAGUUCGACUACGUCGUUCGCAUGAUGAACUGCACUUUACAGGACUGCUCCCAUAUGGAUGAGCAUGGAAUUGCAGCUGCCUUGCUGCCUCUCGUCACUGCCUUCUGUCGAAAACUGGGUGGGGGCAUUACUCAGUUUGCGUACAGCUGUGUGCAGGAGCACAUGGUGUGGACCAACAUGCAGUUCUGGGAGGCCAUGUUCUACAGCGACGUGCAGAAACACAUCAGAGCGCUCUAUCUGGAGACGGACUCUGACGCACCCAGCACGGAGGCGGAGGGUGUGUCGUCGGCAGAGCAGAGCGCUCUGGAGCUGGCGUCGGAGCAGAGCCGGCUGUGGCCCACGCUGAGCAAGGAGCAGCAGCAGGAGCGUGUGCAGAAGGAGGAGAGCACCGUGUUCAGCCAGGCCAUCCACUACGCCAACCGCAUGAGCUACCUGCUGCUGCCCCUCGACACCAGCAAGAACCGGCUGCUCCGCAACACCGGCCUGGGGGACGGAGAGAGCGUUAGCAACAGCUACCUCACCAACAGCAUCGCGGGCAGCAUGGCUGAGAGUUAUGACACGGAGAGUGGUUUUGAGGACGCGGAGACGUCUGACGUUGCCAACUCGGUGGUGCGCUUCAUCAACCGCGUGGACAAAGUGUGUAACGAGAGCGGCGUCACCAACGAGCACCUGAAGGCACUGCACACCAUGAUUCCAGAUAUUGUCCAGAUGCACAUCGAGACGCUGGACGCUGUGCACCGGGAGAGUAAACGGCUGCCACCCAUCCAAAAGCCCAAGUUGCUGCGGCCCACUCUGCUGCCCGGUGAGGAGCUGGUGAUGGACGCCAUGCGCGUGCACCUGAUGUCUGACGGUCGUGAGGAGGCUACAGGGCUGAUGGGAGGUCCGCCACUGCUGCCCGCCGAGGGCGCCAUCUUCCUCACCACCUACCGCCUCGUCUUCAAGGGCACGCCCAACGACCCGCUGGGUAAGAGUGUGGGGGAAGAGGUGGUGGCCUGCUGGUCCCUGUGGCUGCCUCUGACUAAGGAGAAGCUUAUCUCGGCCGGCCUGCCCAUGGACCAGUUCCUCCAGGAGGGCCUGCAGCUCCGCUCCAGCACCUUCCAGCUGAUGAAGGUGGCGUUUGACGAGGAGGUGGCGUCGGACCUGGCGGAGGUGUUCCGGAAGCAUCUGCACAAGCUGCGCUACCCGCAGCACGUCCAGGGAACCUUCGCCUUCACUGUGGGCCACUCGGCCAAGAUGGUGGUGGAGCACAAGACCAAGGACAAGAACCAGUCCCUCAAAACCCUGUCUAAAAACCUGGUGAAGAGUGCAAAGCGUAUCGCAUUGGUCGGGCAGUACGUGAUGUUGAAGAAGUACACCCCGUCACCUUGGGAGAACCAGGCAGCCUGCUCGGGCCAGAGAUGAAUGAGGAUCUAGAUCUCAGUAUGUGAAGAGCCAGACCAGAGCUCCCUGACGCUCUCCUCCACCAUCCGCUCGUCCGACCGCCAGACCAUGAGCAACGUGGUGGAGCGCGCCUGUUGCCGUGACUACCAGCGACUGGGUCUGGGCACGCUCAGUAACAGCCUGACGCGCUCCAAGAACGAACCCUUUCGCAUCUCCACCGUCAACCGCAUGUACACCGUCUGCAGGAGUUACCCGGGGCUGCUGAUCGUGCCGCAGAGUGUUCCGGACUCCACCAUCCAGCGGAUCUCGCUACAAUGGCUGGUGAACCGUUCCCCGCGGGUGUGCUGGCGAACUCGCGCACUCAAAGCUGCCCUAAGGCGACGUGGAUUGCACGCCAGCGCGGUGGGCUUCUUCAAAUCCCCCAACGCCCCCUCUGGAGGUCCUUCUCAGGCCGACUCCACGAGUCUGGAGCAAGAGAAGUACCUGCAGGCCAUCGUCAGCUCCAUGCCCUCCUACAGCGAGGCCGGCGGCAGGAACACGCUCAGUGGGUUCACCUCCACGCACAUGAGCUCGUCAGACUCAAGUGAUAAGUUGCGGCAACCCAAGAUUGGUGCUCUGAUGAAACAGGUGAUGGGGGGGCAAGAUAUGCCUGGAACAACUCUGGGUCAGAAGGCUAGGGUGGUGUCACUCACCCCGUCCCGAGUCUCCUCCCACCGCACGCCCCGAGGUAAGUGGGGCAGCAUCCGUGGCAGUGGGCGUCUGAGUGCCUACAACCCUGACGUGGGAAACCGUCUGGCGGGGAAAGACUCUUCGCAGCCCAACGGAGGCCCUGCAGACACCUUCUUCAGACAGCAGAGGGCGCACCUCUACAUCAUCGGAGACAAGGCCCAGCUCAAGGGCGGGAAGCAGGACUCGUUCCAGCAGUGGGAGUUGGUUCCCAUCGAGGUGUGUGACGUGCGGCAAGUGAAGAACAGCUUCAAGAAGCUGAUGAAGGCCUGCGUCCCCUCAACACCCACCACUGACCCCAACAUGUCUUUCCACCGCUGCCUAGAGGAGUCCGAGUGGAUGAACCUGUUACACAGAGUGCUGCAGGUGUCGGUGUUGGUGGUGGAGCUUCUGGAUUCGGGCUCCUCUGUGAUGGUCAGCUUAGAGGAUGGAUGGGACGUCACCACUCAGGUGGUAUCUCUGGUGCAGUUGCUCUCUGACCCCUACUACCGCACGUUCGACGGCUUCCGGCUGCUGGUGGAGAAGGAGUGGCUAUCGUUUGGUCAUCGCUUCAGCCAUCGCGGCGGCCAGACCCUCGCCAGCCAGAGCAGCGGCUUCACCCCGGUCUUCCUGCAGUUCCUCGACUGCGUGCACCAGAUCCACCUUCAGUUCCCCAUGGAGUUUGAGUUCAGCCAGCACUACCUGAAGUUCCUGGCCUACCACUACGUGGGUUCAACCUGCUUUCCGAUGACUUUUCUACUCCGACCCAUUAAUGAGCGAUUGAGCUGGGGUAAGCAUGGGGUGAAUGAGGGGGAACUGAGGAACCCCCAGGUGUGUAAGUCGGCAUGGGACUACAUUGACCGGCUCAACAAGAAGACGCCCGUCUUCUACAACUACAUGUUUGCCCCAGAGGACGAGGAGGUGCUGAAGCCCUACAGCUUCAUCUCCAACCUGAAGGUGUGGGACUUCUACACGGAGGAGAGGCUGGCUGAGGGUCCGGCGUAUGAUUGGGAGCUAGUCUCGCUGGCGCCAGGAGGGAGCUGUCAGGAGACCGCCCUCCUCUGCCGAAGGGCCGGACGGACACAACGGCGCUUUAAGUCCCAGCGCCAAAGAUCGCCUGGCCCUGUUACUAAUAACACCAGCAGAGUGCUGCCCGACGCCAUCACCAAGCUGCUGCAGGAAGUGCAGGUGCUGGAGCUGGAGUUGGGGCAGGUGUCGGAGAAAUGGAAGGACGCCUGGGACAAGAUCAAGAGCACCCAGAGAACUGAGACCAAACUGGAGAGCAGGGUGAGUGACCUACACACACACACACACUUCAACAGUGUCCUCUCUCCCGUCCACACCUUCUCCAACCUGAGUCAUCCCAACCUUGAGUCACCGCGCCGAGGGCGCCUACCUGGUGAGGAGCAGUGUGGGCCUCGCCCCAUCAACCUGGCGCUGGACUGGUUUGAUCUAAAAAGUGUGUGUGUGUGUGUGUGUGCGCGCAGGAGUUAUGAAGGUAUCCUAUUCAAGAAAGGGGCUCUGCUGAAGCCGUGGAAGCCUCGCUGGUUUGUCCUGGACAAGACCAAACACCAGUUGCGUUACUAUGACUCCCGUAAGGACAAGGAGUGUAAGGGCGUGAUUGAGUUGGCCGAGGUGGAGGCUGUCAUUCCGGGCAUGCCCACCAUGGGGGCGCCAAAGCACAUAGAGGAGAAAGCCUUCUUCGACCUAAAGACGACCAAACGUGUGUAUAACUUCUGUGCCGAGGACAGCCUGAACGCCCAGUUAUGGAUGGACAGUGUCCAGAGCUGCCUCUCCGAUGCAUAGGAGGGGGAGGAGUCCCAGCUUCAAAUGAACGACCAAUCAGACCUUUCAGCCACAUCACAUGACCCCGCCUCCGGGAUGGUGUCUUGAUGGACAGCUUUGUGGGGCCAAUCACGCUUGUUCCUCCCUCCCUCCCCCGGGGGAUGGGUGGUGACUGAUGUGGCGAUGGGCGGGCCUUUAGCGUGUGGCGCUCUCUGGUUAGUGUUUCCGUGGCGAUGGGCGGGCCUUUAGCGUGUGGCGCUCUCUGGUUGGUGUCUCCCUGUCGAACUUUGAUGAUGUCACAUCACCAAGUCUCAGUUUUGUUUUUUUAAUGAAAGAAAGAAAAAAAAGACUAAAAAAAAAAGUAAAGUCUUGGUUGGCCUUAAUCGCCCCUCCUGUCAAACACACACACACACACACACACACACACACACACACACACACACGGACAUAUGUGUGUGUACGAGUGUGUGCUUGUGUGUAUAUAUGCAGCAGACUCACUAACCACUAGCCCUAAUGCCCCCUACUGCCCCGACCGUUGCAGAGGAUUUGCCGGCAUGAUGUCAUCCGAAGUCCAGUUUACUGAAAGAGGGGCACCAGUGUGGACCAGCAUGCACCACCACUGACUCUCCACACACUCCUCACACACUCCC